AUGGCAUCACAAGAUUUCAGUGGACCAACACCAACAGAUAGGUUCCAAAAAGAAGUAUUGGCAGACUAUUCAGAUGGAGAUCAAGAGUUUGAAAAUGAACUGAUCACCUCUUACAUUGCAUCGGUUGAAGAGCAUCUACCAAAGCUGGAUCUGUCACUCAAAGAGCUCGACGAAAAAGAGUCUGUCUUGCAUUCGCACGACAUUAAGGGUUCAAGCAGUUAUAUUGGCGCCGAGUCUGUGCGGUUUCUCUCUGGUAAAAUAGAGCACCUCUGCAAAGAUGGUCACCUCAAAAAGGCAUCGGAACACGUGCAGGAACUACAAAAAGAAGUUACUGCCGUAUUCAUCAUCCUACGAAAACAUAUGAAUGGAGAGUCAUUGGAAUUGACCAAAGAAGAUCAAGAUCAAAUCGAUGCUGUUGGUGGCGGUGGUACAUCAUCAUCGUCAUCUGCAACAGAUACAAACAAUGAAACCAAAAAAGAACAACCAGUCGAGACAAAUGAACAACAAAAUGAUAAUAAUGACAACCAACAACAAAAACUGGAUACAUCAACAACAACAAAAACAGCCAGUCUACCAGAAAAAGACUCUGAAAAGAUUUCACCUGUCACUGCUACCGAAACUGUAGUCAAUAACAACAAUAAUAAUAAUCAAAAUAAUAAUAAUAAUAAUAAUAGUAAUCAUGGUGAUAGUAGUUGUGAUGCUUCAACCACCUCGGCCACCACAACUGCAUCACUAUCCUCACCUCCUCCCUGUAAAGAAACAUUUAAUACCAAAAAUCAAACAACUGCAACAUCCGAAACUAAUAAUAUUAAUAAUGAUAAUAAUAGUAGAUGUACAUCCCUUAAAAGGGUACAAAGACUUUUUGUUAUUGUUUUUUAUUAA